CAAAAGUAGUCGAGCAGGUUUGUGUCACAAAUUCGGCAUGGUACCACUCAUCUUACUUUCGUUAGUUAGUUUAACAUGGGCUAUUCCUGACCUGCUUCUGGAUACUGACCUAUUUUUGGAGCCGAAACGGAAUUUUUUGUCCAAAAAUAUUUUGGAACAUGAAAGUGGGAUAUCUGAGGAUGACUAUCGUUUAUCUACAACAACAGUGCCGUCCAAGUAUGAUCUAGUUUUCAAUGUAGACAGGGAAUGUCUAGAAGGAAAAAGUGAAACUUUCGAAGGUUUAGUUAAAAUAGUAUUUUCAGUUUCUGAACCAAAAAACAAUAUUGUGUUACAUUCUGCACUCAAAAUUGUGAACAUUACGGCAACUGCAUAUGAAGAUACCCAAAGUGUAGAAGUUGUAGGAUAUAAAUCAAAUUUAAGUAAAAAAAAACUGGAAAUUCAACUUGCCAAUAAGCUCAUUGUCGGUACUGUCUAUAAAUUACAAAUAUAUUUUAGAGGUCAUUUAAAUGAUGAUAAUUCUAGGGGUUUAUUUAGACAGAAAUAUGAAAUUAACGAAACUACUGAAUAUGUUGUUACUACACAAUUUCAACCAAACUAUGCUCUAAGAGCUUUCCCUUGUUUUGACGAACCCCAGUAUAAGGCAAUUUUUAGAUUAACUCUCAUCUACCCAUCUGAUUUCCUUGCUACUGCCAACACUCCUAUAGCGGAUUCACAAUAUAACAAUGAAACUAAUACCGUAACAACUGUUUUUGAAGACACACCUGUAAUGUCCUCUUAUUUACUGGCAUUUACAAUAUCAAAAUUUACCUGUUCCAAUACCACGAGCAAUGGCAUUAGUCAUGGAGUUUGUUCAAGAAGACAUCUUGCUUCUAAAAGAGGUUUGGCUUUGGAAUAUGGAGUUAAGAUACUAAAUGCUUUAAGUAAAUGGACACAACUUCCAUAUGAUACAUUGGGUAUUAAAAAAAUUGACCAUUAUGCUCAGAUAUCGUUUCCUGGAGCAAUGGAAAAUUGGGGAAUAGUAACCUACGGUGAACGGUUCCUUCUAUAUCCAUAUGGCUUCACAAGCAAGCGGGCAGUUCUCUCUAUAAUAGCUCAUGAAUUAUCUCAUAUGUGGUUUGGAAACUACGUAACAACAAAAUGGUGGGAUACUCUUUUCUUAAAUGAAGGUUUCGCCACCUAUUUUCAAUAUUUUAUUUUAAACGAGAUUCCAGAACUUUUAGAAUUUGAAAUGAGCAAACAGUUCAUCAUUAAUGAACAAUUUUCAGCAUUGCGUGCAGAUGGACAACCAUUUUCUCACUCUUUGACCUCUAAACUGUGGCCCCCUACUCAUAAAUUUAAUACUAUAUCUUAUAGUAAAGGCGCUUCUAUUAUAAGAAUGGUUGAAAACACGAUAGGAACCCAAAUUUUUAAACGCGCUUUACAAAAGUAUUUGGUGCAAAGGUAAGUACU